UGUGUGUGUGUGUGUGUGUGUGUUUCAGCUCAUUUGGUUUGGAUAUUUACUACACAAAUACUUGAAGAGUCUGGCCAUCUGGUUGGUCAGUGCCUUCCAGUUUUUUUAUUGUCUCUCACAGAAAUAAAAACUGCCCCUUCAUCACUGAGAUCACACAAACUCUGCGCUGAGUAGAUCAUCUGUGGAGAAAUGAAGGCUGUCGUCACUCUGCUCCUGUUUUUGAGUCUCUCUGGACUGAGCUUCAGUCUCCACAGAAAACAUGUGUUUGUGAAUAAAUUAAUGACCUGGAAAGAUGCACAGACGUACUGCAGAGAACACCAUGAUGACCUGUCCACCGUCAAUAAAGAAGAGGCACAACUGCUCUCUAGAAAUCCAGAAGUCAAUCAUUUAUAUUUUUGGAUUGGACUGCACAUGAGUCCUAACAACCCAGAAAAAUGGAUUUGGUCUGGAGGUGAGGAUGAACAAAUUGACAAUUGGGACACUGGGGAACCAGACAGGAUCACUCAAGAGUGUUGCGUUGUAAGAAAAUAUAAUUAUAAACUGCACAAUCUUCCGUGCUCAGCGACUCUGCCAUUUUACUGUAUGCGGGUCUUUGAGCCCAUUCUGGUGCAUCAGAACAAGACGUGGGAUGAAGCCCUGGACUACUGCAGACAGAACUACAUUGACCUGGUGAGUCUAAGAUCUGAGAUGAUUAUGGCAGAGGUGAUAAAUAACGCUACAUCAUCCCAGACAGCUUCUGUGUGGACCGGCCUGCGCUUCAUGGCUGGUCAUUGGUUCUGGGUCAGUGGACACAAUCUUCAAUAUAAAGCCUGGUCUGUGGAGGGGGAGCUCCAGUGUCCUGCCAGAAACCUGCGCUGUGGAGCUCUGGAGAGACAAAAUAAUAUUUGGACACCCAAAAAUUGUGAGGAUAAACUCAACUUUGUCUGUCUUAAAAAGCUAUAAAUGUGCUUCAUGUUGCAUUACAUACAUUUCUUCAUGUAGGCCUAUAUAUGAUACUGAUUCAUUUAUAAAUCAUGAAUCAAUAGAAAUCUAUUGCUUUACAGUAGUAUGUAUGGUUGUUAAAAAUAAUGUUUUUUAAUCAUUCAUUUUAGUCGUGUCAACAUAUACAUUGUCUUGUAAAACAAUGUUUAGUCAAAAUCUUUUAUGGGCUUGCAGAGACAUUAUAAAUUAUAUGUUUGAUUUAUUAUAAAAAUAAAGAUUUAGAUUGUCAGUUAGAUUUUAAUAGCCAUAAAAGAUAUGUAAAACAAUCAAGCUCAGUCUUAUUAGCUUUAUGAUAAAAAAUUGUUUAACUUUUGAUCAUGCUUUGUUGUUUUUAAACUCAGUGAUAUUUUCACAAAUCAUAUGGAUUAACAAUUUAGUCUCAGACUAACCCGUCUGUAAUUUAUCAGAUUUAAUGUCUUUAUAUUUAUUUUGGCUAGGAAGCAAAUAAGAUAUUAUCAUUGUAAAAUAAGAUUGUAAGUUUUGCUCAUUUUGUUUAUUUUCAGUAUGUAAAUCUUGUAUUCAAAUGUUUAAAUGGUUUUGCCCCUCAGCCGUUAUGUCAUUUUUCAAGAGAUUGCAGUGGUUCAGAUUCACCAGAGCGGCUUCUGGCAGCAACUGAAACAUUUUAUUCUGUAAAACAUCUUUUGUUCAGAUUCAGUGAAAGGUGCAAAAAGUUGGAAUUCGCUCCCUGAUCAUUUAAAAUCUGCUGCAAGUUUUAAUAACAAACUUUCAUUCAUGUUUAUUUUUAUUUUAUUGUUUAUUUUUAGUGUUGAUGUAAUUGUAGUCAAUAAAAGCCCUUUCUACAGAUGAGUGUUGUAAAUUAGCUUUAGCUAAAAGCACUAUGAUACUUGCACUGGAUGGCUGUUAUCUCAGUUUUGUCAAUGUUUAUUGUAUCUGUCCCUUUCCAAAUAAAUGGAAAUAAACAAAACAAUACAA